AUGCCUGGGAUCAGUGCUGCUCCGGAUCGGAUAGAAAGUCGGAGGAUCUCGUGGGCAGUCGUGGUCAUGAUUUUGGUGGCCAUCACUUCAUCUUCCUUGUCAGCUCUGUCCCUGUACCAUGUGCUGGCUCUGCAGGCUGAGGUGGAAGGGCUGAGGAGCGAGGUGACCCGGAGGAGAGAUGAAUGCAGGGACACGCCGGAGGAAAAUGUUAAAGGACCUCAGCAGCAACAUGAGGACCACAGAAGCAAAGGCCAGAUCUUGCCGGAGAGCAGCAGUGAAGCUCCUCAGAAACUGGACACAGAAGCUUCUGGGAGGCAACAGGAGCAGUUCAGUUUGAAAAAGAGAAGCGUGGAAUUAUUUCAGCCAUGCUUGCAGAUGAUUGGAGACAAAAAGAGGAAAGUCUUCCAGAAAGAUUUUGAACUACAGCAGCACACUGGCAUUCCGUGGCAGAUGGGUCUAAUGCGGGGAUCAGCUCUCGAGCAGUAUGAGGAUUCCAUAGUGGUCAAAGAGGAAGGCUACUACUUCAUCUACAGUCAGGUAGAGCAUUAUGACCCACCAGUCACAAAGGUCUAUUACAAAGAUCCCACCUAUGCGAUGGGCCACAUUGUGAUCCGUAUCAAAAAGAACGUGGUCGGGGAUGAGAGCCAGCAAGUUGUUCUGUUCCGUUGCAUCAAAAGCAUGAUUACGAGUGUUCCCUUUAACACUUGCUACACAGCCGGUAUAGCAAAGCUGGAGGAAGGCGACCGUGUGGAGCUGCUCAUACCUCGUCAAUCAGCUAACAUAUCUUUGGAUGGAGACUGUACCUUCCUAGGGGCUGUUAAACUGAACUGAGUUAUCUCAGAAAGAGACUUAAAGGCUUACUGUACUCUGGAUGAGUGAAUUCCUUGCUUGUUAUAAUAGUACAGAUACGGGACACUUUUGUUAGUAGGCCUACAGUUUACAAUUGAAUGGAAAAAUGAAGGAAUGGUUGGAAUGGGACUGGGAUGAUCCAAGCAUACAGAACAUUUCAGAUCUAACCUGGACGGAUUCUGGUUUUGUCAAAUGGUGACAAGUUGCUGAACUUGUUUUCCCGUCUUGGUACUAAAAAUAUAAAGGCGGGUGUGGAACGCUUAAGACCGUGUAAAUCAAGAAUAGCUGAGACAUUAUGCUCACAGCUUUAAAGUGGCAAUUCCUUUUUACUCCAGGUUCAUGUGAUUAAAAAAGGAAUGUUUCUGAAGAUCUAUGUCAACACAUUCUGUUCCAGAGUGUAACCAUAAAGCUUUUGUGUGACAUAAUUAAAUGAUCUAAUUAUA